CCGGGCUCCGCUCCCCGCCGGGCUCCGCUCCCCGCCGGCUCGCCAUGCAGCGCUUCACCGUCAACAUCAAGCUGCCGGCGCGGACCCUGACGGGCGCCCUGAGCGCGCCCAACCGCGGCGCGGCGGACUGGGGCUGGCAAGGUUUGAUUGCAUAUGGAUGCCAUUCCCUCGUGCUCGUAGUGGAUGCCAACUCUGCUCAGACCUUGCAGGUUUUGGAAAGACACAAAGCCAGUGUUGUCAAGGUUAAAUGGGCUAAGGAAAAUUACCACCACAAUAUUGGCUCUCCAUAUUCCUUACGUUUGGCUUCUGCUGAUGCCACAGGGAAAAUCAUCGUGUGGGAUGUGGCAACAGGAGCAGCUCGCUGUGAAAUACAGGAGCAUUCAAAGCCCAUCCAAGACAUGCAGUGGCUGUGGAAUCAAGAUGCUUCCAGAGAUUUGCUGCUUGCAGUUCACCCACCAAAUUAUAUUGUAUUGUGGAAUGCAGACACAGGCACCAAACUUUGGAAGAAAAGUUAUGCUGAAAAUAUCCUGUCUUUUUCAUUUGAUCCCUUUGAUCCCUCACAUUUAGCUUUGCUCACCAGUGAAGGAAUAGUGUUCAUCUCUGACUUCUCCCCAUCCAAAGCUCCUGCCAGCUCAGGGAAGAAAGUUUACAUCUCCAGUCCUCAUUCCAGUCCUUCUCACAACAAGCUGGCUGCUGCUACAGGGGCCAAAAAGGCCCUUGAUAAAGUAAAAAUCCUAAUCAGUAAUGAAAAACCAAGUGCUGAAUCUGUAACACUCAAUGACUGUCUUCAGUUGUCAUAUUUGCCUUCCAAAAGAAACUACAUGCUCUUACUGUAUCCCAGGGAAAUUCUGAUUCUUGACUUGGAAGUGAAUCAGACAGUGGGUGUGAUUGCCAUUGAAAGGACAGGGGUGCCUUUCAUACAGGUAAUCCCUUGUUUUCAGAGGGAUGGGUUAUUUUGCCUGCAUGAAAAUGGUUGUAUCACCUUAAGGGUUCGCAGAUCCAACUGCAGCAUCACUGCAACUCCAAAUGAGGAGCCAGAUCCAGAGCCAGCUCAGGAGCUGGUGUAUGAUUUAAGAAGUCAGUGUGAUGCCAUCAGGGUGACCAAAACAGUUCGACCCUUCAGCAUGGUGUGCUGCCCAGUGAAUGAGAACGCUGCAGCUCUCAUAGUCAGCGAUGGCAGGGUGAUGAUCUGGGAAUUAAAAUCCAGCAUUUCUGGCAGAAAUGUGCGCAACAGCAGUUCCAGUGCUUCACCUCUGUAUUCCCCAGUCUCCUUCUGUGGAAUCCCUGUAGGAGCAUUGCAAAAUAAACUUCCAGACCUCUCAUUAGACAACAUGAUUGCAGGGCAGGGUGCAAGCACUGGAGAAGAGUUGAGGAAUUCAUUUCUGCAGGAAGUACACCUGAAAUUCCUGCUGACAGGACUUCUGUCAGGGCUGCCUCUGCCUCCCUUCGCCAUCCGCAUGUGCCCGCCCCUCACAACCAAAAACAUCAAACAGUAUGAGCCCAUCCUUGCUGUUGGUACAAGCAAUGGCUCUGUCCUGGUGUUUCACCUCACAAGUGGACUCCUCCACAAAGAGUUAAGCAUCCAUUCCUGUGAAGUCAAGGGAAUUGAGUGGAUCAGCUUGACUGGCUUCAUUUCCUUUGCCACAUCAACACCCAACAAUCUGGGACUGGUCAGGAAUGAGCUGCAGCUGGUGGACCUUCCAACAGGCAGGAGCGUUGCAUUCCGUGGGGAGCGAGGCAACGACGAGCCAGCCAUCGAAAUGAUAAAGGUGUCUCAUCUGAAGCAGUACCUAGCUGUGGUAUUUAAAGACAAACCACUGGAGAUCUGGGAUGUCAGAACUUGCACUCUGCUCAGAGAAAUGUCUAAAUUCCCUAUAGCCACUGCUCUGGAGUGGUCACCUUCCCAUAAUUUAAAGAGCCUAAGGAAGAAGCAGUUGGCAGCCAGGGAGGCCAUGGCCCGGCAGACGGUGGCAUCAGACACUGAAGUCAGCAGUGUGGAAUCCUCUGUGAUCAGCUUGUUGCAGGAAGCUGAAAGUAAAUCAGAGCUGAGCCAGAAUAUCUCUGCCAGGGAGCACUUUGUGUUUACAGGUGCUGAUGGGCAGGUUUAUCAUCUCACAGUAGAGGGAAACUCAGUAAAAGACAGUGCAAGAAUUCCUCCAGAUGGAAGUAUGGGUAGCAUUACUUGUAUUGCCUGGAAAGGAGAUAUCCUGGUUCUUGGAGAUGUUGAUGGAAACUUAAACUUCUGGGAUUUGAAAGCUAGAGUAUCCAGGGGGAUUCCUACUCACCGGAGCUGGGUGAAAAAAAUACGGUUUGCCCCGGGGAAAGGAAAUCAAAAACUUCUUGCAAUGUACAACGAUGGGGUAGAAAUUUGGGAUUCAAAAGAGGUACAAAUGGUGAGCAGUUUAAGGAGUGGGAGGAACGUGAAUUUCCGGAUCCUGGACGUGGACUGGUGCACGUCAGACAAAGUGGUGCUGGCAUCAGAUGAUGGAUGCAUCCGAGUGCUGGACCUGUCCAUGAAGCCCUCGUGUUUCAGGAUGGAUGAGCAGGAUUUAAUAGAACCUGUCUGGUGUCCCUAUCUGCUUGUUCCAAGGGCUUCAUUAGCUUUAAAAGCAUUCCUGCUGCAUCAGCCUUGGGAUGAGAAAUAUUCUCUAGAUAUUAUGGACAUUGAUUAUCCAGAGAAUGAAAAUAUUAAAAACCUUCUUCAAGAGCAGUUGAAUUCAUUGUCCAAUGACAUAAAGAAACUUCUGCUUGAUCCUGAUUUUACUCUCCUGCAGAGAUGUCUCCUGGUUGCCAGACUGUAUGGGGACGAAUCUGAACUGCAUUUCUGGACUAUUGCUGCCCACUAUUUGCACAGCUUAUGCCAGGAAAAGCCUGCAAAACCAGACACAGCUGUCCUUCAAGAGCAGCUGCUUAAUCCUCUGGAUAUAUGCUAUGAUGUGCUGUGUGAAAAUUCUUACUUCCAGAAAUUCCAGCUGGAAAGGGUAAAUCUCCAGGAAGUGAAGAGAUCAACAUAUGAUCAUACCAGGAAAUGUGCUGAUCAGCUUCUUCUGUUGGGCCAGACUGACAGAGCAGUGCAACUACUGCUGGAAACCAGUUCAGAGAAUGUACAUUAUUACUGUGAUUCACUCAAAGCUUGCCUGGUCACAACUGUCACCUCGUCAGGGCCAUCCCAAAGCACCAUUAAACUGGUAGCAACCAACAUGAUAGCCAAUGGAAAGCUUGCAGAGGGGGUGCAGCUGCUGUGUCUGAUUGACAAAGCUGCAGACGCCUGUCGCUACCUGCAGACCUACGGCGAGUGGAACCGUGCAGCAUGGCUGGCCAAGGUGCGGCUGGGCUCGGAGGAGUGCGCGGACGUGCUGCGCCGCUGGGUCGACCACCUCUGCUCCCCACAGGUCAACCAGAAAUCCAAGGCCAUUCUGGUCCUCCUGUCUCUUGGCUGCUUCACAAAAGUUGCAGAGAUGUUACACAGUAUGAGGUACUUUGAUAGAGCAGCUUUAUUUGUAGAAGCCUGUCUGAAGUACGGGGCAUUUGAAGUUAAUGAUGAUACAAAUAAAUUGAUCCACGCUGUGUAUGCAGACUAUGCCAGAAGCUUGAAGCUCCUGGGCUUUAAGGAGGGAGCUGCUCUCUUUGCCUCCAAAGCAGGAGAAAGUGGGAAGGAGCUUCUGAGUGAACUCAAGCAGCCGAAGGAGGAGGUGACACAGGAGUGAGAAUUCUGUGUUUGUGAGGUUGUCUGGCAGACUGGAAUUCCACUGGGUGAAAAUACACUUUUCUCUUCAAUCACUGUAAUAGCUGAUCUGUGGGAUUUGAGCAAAUAAUGUUAAGUGUGUUGGAAGUCAGGAUUAAGAACUGUGGUGUUGCUUUUUGUUAAAUUUGUUUGCACUUUCGCAAGAGAGGAAGGAAGCUGAUGAUAAAAUUAUACAAUAAUAUUUCCACUUUUUCAAUUGUAGCAGGAAUCAAAUUUAAAGAUGUGCUGAAAGGCUUCUAUACCUGUGUCAAAGUCUGGUCCAUUUACUUCUAAAAAUCAAAUCUUAAUAGAACUUCAAUACUGUUGUAUUUAUAUGUAAAAAUGAUUUAGUCUGUACUGUAAAAAUAUAAAUAUAUUUUAAAAUAAAUGGAGAUCACAAAGCACACAGUUCUUUCCUGGAACAUCAUGGUUUUUUCAGUCCAAUUUCUUGUUUAAAAUUACUGUUAUUUUAAAUCAAUUCAUUGUAUUGUCAUUUCCAUAACUGCCUGGGAUGGAAUCUUUAACAGGUUCAUUUACAAAUGUUGUUCUCUUAACAUUCCACAAGUCUAUGAAACAUCACUUUUUCCAGUUCAGUUCUCUUAACAUUCCACAAGUCUAUGAAACAUCACUUUUUCCAGUUCAGUGAUUGUUAUAUUCCAUUUUAUUUUUAAGUGUGCACUCUGGGGGCUGAAUUCUGCCUGUCAAAGGGUGGGGGAAGGUUUUGCCUCCAGAGCAGCAAGGUCAGGACUCUGCUGGUGCUGUCCCCAGUCUCUGUUGUGUUACUGAAUGUCUGAUUAACAAAAGGUGAAAAAAGCAUUGUGCAAAGCCAAAACAGUGGCUUUUUCAAGACAUACUUCUGCUGACAUAUCUGAUGGUCCACAUACACAAGGAUGCCACCAAAAACCUCUUUUCUGAUUUUUGCCAGUAUUUCAGUUCUUGUUUGUGUUACUGUUUCUAAUGUCAGAUUUAUGCAUCCCUGUCUCUUUUCUUUGUAUUAUUGAUGAGAAAUUUUACAAAUGAGGAGUGGGUGCUGGUGGUACACUGCCCUUGCAGCCUCAAGGCUGUGGCAUUUAGGCUAAAAACCUAAAUUCUUCUUUUUCUCAGCUUGUUGGAGCUACUGAAGUUGAGUUUGUUGUCAUGAAAAGAAUCCUAUAAAAUAUCUCUCAUUUGAAUGUAAUUUUUGUGUUGUCUACUUACAGUAACAGAGCAUUGGAUUCUCCUUUUGUUCAAGGAUUUGUGGAUAUGUGUUCAGAACUCCCAUCAGCUUUGGGACAUCUCCAGCUCCAGAAAACUUCUGGUUCAAAUCUUAAAUAACAUUUCUGAUAAAAUUGGAAAGUAUAGACUAUUCAAGUCUUUUUGAAUACAAACUGAAAAAGGGAGUUUCAUCAUUCUGAGCAGAAAAGUAGGAGUUAUAACUGCAAUGUGUUGUUUUUGUUCUUGUCACAUCUUACAUAAAUAACCUUAAAAUACCUUUUGUUCAGUGUAUUGUGAAUUGUGCUUAUGUUGUUGCUUUAGCUUGGGAAAGUGAGUAUACAAGGAAAUUUGCCUUAAGUAUUACAUGAGCAGCAGAAUUAAUCAAAAUUAACUUUAAUUAGCAGUGGCCUGAAUUCUGGCUCACAGUGACUGCUACAGCUCUGCUCAGUAUCUUGCUUUUGUAGCAGCCCUUGUGGACAAGGCUCCCACAGAGCUGUGAGAACACCCAAACCUGUUCUUUGACAGCCCUUGAAGCUGUUUGUCAGUGGGUCUCUGAGAUAAAUCUACUUCAGUAUACACUUGGAUUUAUAACUCUGAGGGUUUAAAAAAAAAAAACAACAACAUAUUGCAAAGGCCUUUUAAUACUGAAUGUUUCUAUAAACUUUUAAGUGUGCAGGUUGCAGGAUACUUUGUGGCAUUCCCAACUGGAACCUUCGUGAGGAAAAUAGUGUAAUAGUGAUGGAAAAGUUUAUUUAGAUAAUAUUGCAGUCUCAUUACAAUAAUAAAAAUAUUUUGAGGUUC